AUGGAUAAUAAUAAUAAUAAUAUUAAUUUACCAUUAUAUUUACAAAAAUAUUUAAUUAAAAAUAUUAUUUGUAGAGAAAUUAAUUGUUAUUGUAAGGCCAUCGAACCAAUUGUUAUAGGAGGAAAUUAUAGAACAGAAGAAAAUCAAAUAAAAUCAUUAAUUUUAACCAUUGCGUUGGUUUCUAAAUCAUGGUUAAAGACAUUAUCAGAUAAUAUUUUUGUGUCUUCAGAUUUCAAUUAUCUAAACUCGUCAACACUUUUAUACCAAAAAGAAAAAGAACCACAAUCACCACCCCAUGUUAAAAAAAAAGGUUUCUUAGAUAUUUUUAGACAAAAUAGGAAAAAUAGUAAUAGUAAUAGUAACAAUAAUAAUAACAAUAAUAAUAAUAAUAACAAUAACAAUAACAAUAACAAUAACAAUAACAAUAACAAUAACAAAAAUGAAACAGAUAUUACCAAUAAUAAUAAUCAAUAUAGAAUUAUUAAAAUUGAAAAUAUUCAAGUUUUAAAAUUACAUUAUGACCAAACAAUAUCAAGUUUUUAUCGUAAAACAUUCCCAUCCUCAAAAGAACGUGAUAUACCACUAAACAUAGAACUUAUAAAUGAAAAAAUUCGAGAAAUAAAGUCAUUAAGAAAAUUAGUGUUAAGAAAUGUAAAUACAGUCUCUGCACAACUUACAUUUUUAGAUGGUCUAGAGAUACCAGAAAGUGUCCAAGAAAUCAAGCUUUUGGAACUUAAGGUAUCGAAUCAUACUUCUAAAGAAUAUAUAGAUAGUCUAAAUAAAAAAAUUUCAGGUCUCUAUUCAAUAGCUUUAACAAAUAAUCCGGACAUUAAUAUUCUUUUCUAUAUUUUCCAACUCUAUAAGAAAUCAUUAAGACAAAUUUUCUUUAUUUCAAGAUGUGGGUUUCCAUUCAUUGAAUUAUCUGGUAACAUUUUAGAAAAAAAUGAUAGUGAUAAUAAUAAUAAUAAUAAUAAUAAUAAUAAUAAUAAUAAUAAUAAUAAUAAUAAUAAUAAUAAUAAUAAUAAUAAUAAUAACGAAAAUAACUUUAUAGAGGUAUUUAAUAAAUUAGCAAUAAAUCAAAGUAUUAAAAAUAUCAAUUAUUUAAAAGAUAUUGUUUUUUAUGAAAUACCAUACAAUGGUCUAUCAUUAAAAGAAAUGUAUUGUAUAUUAAAAGCAUCACCAAAUAUCAGACAUUUAUCAAUGGAAAUGUGUUUCAAUAGAUUAGAAUACUUAUUGGAUGAUCAAGUUAAAUUGGGUGAAAAUUCUUGUUACUGCUAUUCAGUGUUCCAUAUUAACGAUUAUUAUGGAACAGAAGAUCUAGACAUAAGAGAUUCCAAGGAGAUAGAAGGGAGUUUCAAGGAGGCCCGCAAAUAUUGGGGAUUGAUAAAGAAACAUUUUAAAGAAGAUGAUAAAACUCUGCAAAUCAUUAAAUUUAAUCAUUAUUGUAACAGCACAGUGCAUCCAUCCAGAAUAAGUAAUUUGAUGUUUGAAGAAUUAGUCUCCUUGUUUUUAUGCUCUAGAAAUCUAAUCGAUCUUACUAUUGGCCUUGGUCCCUUCGAUUUUCUUUUCGAGUUUAUCUCAAAUUUAUUUUUAAAUUUAAAUAAAACAAGUGAUUCAAAAUUAUCAAGAUUCAAUAUCAAUACUUCAAUUAACUAUUGCUCAGAAGAUUUAGAAAUAUUAAAAUUAAACACUAAACAAUUGUUUGAUAGUUGUAAUCAAGCUAAAUUCCUAGAUGUUAUUUAUCAAGUUCUUUUUGCAAGUAGAUAUUCCCAUAAAUCCCUUUUCGAAUUUAAAAAGCAAUAA